AUGAACAAUGAUAUCUGUCACCUUGUGAAAGCCAAUGGUGAAAAGAUUGAAGCUAAAGGAAAAGUAGGAGAUAGCCUUUUAGAUGUGGUGGUAAAUAAUGAAAUUGAUCUUGAUGGUUAUGGAGCCUGCGAAGGAACAUUAACAUGUUCAACUUGCCACCUUAUAUUUGAAUCUGCUGAUUUUGAAUUGCCAGAAAAGGCUAGUGAUGAAGAAUUAGACAUGCUAGAUCUAGCUUAUGAUCUAACAGAUACUUCAAGAUUAGGAUGUCAAAUUAUUUUAUCAAAAGAGUUAAAUGGACUUGUUGUAAAAGUACCAGCAACCAUAAAUGAUGCACGAAGCUCGGAUUUAAAAUAAUGUUUGAAUAUCUAUUUAUUAACUGAUUUUAAUUCUUUUAAACAAUGUUGAACAAAUAUGUACAGCAAUUUUUAUCAUGUUUAAAUGUAUAUAGAUUAUUGUUAUUAAGUGGUACAUAGUUUAUUUUUACAGUUGCAAUAAAAGUAUAAUAUUUAAUAAAAUUUAUUUAUAUACGA